UGCAAUUUUCACAUCCUUUUCAACAGCCCCUCAAAACUGCUGAUUUGACUAGCUAAAAUUGCAACAUCGUAGUGCUUGUGUGGUGAUUUAAAGCAGAUCUCUAGUCUUUCAGCCCAUUUGGUCAUCAUGUUCGUCUACCUGCUGCUCCUCACAGUCAUUGUGACUGUCGAGGCUCAGCGAGUUCCAGGUCAACAGAAGACUGAUUCAUGUUUGUGUAAAAUAAAUAGCUCUAUCUGGACUUUCCCUGCUGUAGAGUUUAUGGAAGUCACAAGACAGGUCCAGAUCUGUGAGGACAACCUGAAUGAGUUUGAGGAAAAGGUAAGGAACACAAAUGCAGAACUGCCGAUGAUGGAAGCCACUCUGCAGAACAUCUCAGCCCGUCUGAAAGCAUUUGGUUACCUUCACACAAGUGGACUGUACAGCGCACUUCAACUGCAACAGCUGAACCGGGAACUCGAGGAAAUCCAUCAAUCUGUCAAUGAAACACACAAGCAGAACCCUAACAAAGAGACGCAUAACCUACUCAGUGAGUUAAAUAAGGCGAAAAAUGAUGUCCAGAGGAUGUACAAAGAUGAUUUCUUCAACCUAGAGACCAUGAAGAAGAGGUUACGUGACCUUAACAACCGUGCACAGAGUUGCAAGACCAUACCAAAUGAUUUCAGAAGUACCUGCCACCAGCGCAUCAUGACCAGAAUAAGUUCUCCAAGCAUGACCAAGCUCAAUUCCAUCAGCAAGUCCUAUAUUUCAGGUGCUUGGGGCCGUGAUGCCCUGCUAAGCAGUAAGGAACACUACUGGGAACACUGUCUGGUGAGUGGACACAAGCAUGGCAACACAAUCAGGAUGUACACCUCACGUGAAGACUUCAUGGCUAACAGGAACUACAAGGACGAACAGAUAGCACCAUCAUACAGCGACAAAAAUGCUGUUCAGGGCUCUGGGACUAUAUUGUACGACAACACUGUAUUUUACCAAUGCUACGGCACCGCUGAGAUCUGCAGCUUCAACAUAACUACAAAAACAACCAAGCGUAUGAAACUGGAUGGGGCUGGAAUCGACAACAAGUUCCCUUUCUGCUACUACAGCUGCCGUGAUUGGACAGACAUCGACCUGGAGGCUGAUCCGGACGCCGUGUGGGUGAUAUACGCCACCGAGGAGAACCACGGCAACAUUGUUGUGAGCCGUUUAGAUCCGCUGGAGCUCAAUAUCACACAUACCUGGAAGACGCAUCUCUUCAAGAGGUCCGUCACCAGCACGUUUAUGGUGUGCGGGGUCCUGUAUGCUACACGCUUUGUUAAUACUUUCCAAGAAGAGGUGUUUUAUGCUUUUGAUACAACCACUGGUCAAGAGAUAAGCUCUCUGUCUUUGCCCUUUGAGAAGGUUUCUUCUGGAAUAGCUAAUCUGAACUACAAUCCUGUUGAUGGGAAACUCUACUUGUAUAAUGAUGCCUAUCUUUUAUCAUAUGAUACCUUCUUCUAAGGGUGUUUCAAAUGCAGUUACCCAAUAAAAAGUGUGUUGUUUCAAAUUCAAAA